AUGUUGUUUAGUAAAGAAGCGCCAUGGCGGCGUCUGGAAGGCCUGUCGUUUGGCAUGUACUCAGCUGAAGAGAUAAGGAAGCUGAGUGUGAAGACGAUCACUAACUUCAGGUUCCUGGAUGCCGUUGGGAAUGUGGCCCCAAACAGCCUGUAUGAUCUGGCCCUGGGACCAGCAGACAACAAAGAGGUGUGUUCAACCUGCUGUCAGGACUUCAACAACUGUCCAGGUCACAUGGGGCAUGUGGAGCUACCUCUACCUGUUUACAACCCGCUGUUCUUUGAUAAACUGUACCUGCUGAUCCGUGGCUCGUGUCUCUCAUGUAACAUGCUGCUGUGCCCUCGCGCCGCCAUUCACCUGCUGCUCAGCCAGCUGCGGCUGCUGGACCACGGGAACAUGCAGGAGGUGUACCAGGUGGAGCAGGUCCUCAGCCAGCACCUGGAGGAGAACCCCAAAGCCACAGGAGAUGAGAUCCAGCUGGUGCUGAAGCAGUUUACAGACAGCAUAGUCGGAGUAAACACUGAAGGCUCAGCGAACACCAAACCGAUCAAACACCUUGUUGAAAAGAAGUACAGUUUGAUCAAUGACUUCUGGAGGAUCCAUAUGAAAUCUAGGAAGUGCCCUUACUGCAGUACUGGCAAGUUUACAGUGCGCCGUGAACACAACAGUAAGCUGAUUGUCACAAUGCCAUCGGGAGCACAGACCCUUGGCAACACUGAUGAGGAUCUGGCGGGAAAGAGAGUGUACCUGACGGCGAGUACUGCCAGAGAACACAGCAACAAACUGUGGGCGAAAGAAGGUUUCUUCUUGAAGUGCCUGUUCUCAGGAAUGGAGGAGGGGAAGCUGUCACUGGCAGCAGAGGAAGGUUUCUAUUCUGACCACUUCUUCCUCGAGCUGCUGGUGGUCCCACCCUGCAGGUAUCGUCCAAUCAAUCGCAUCGGUGACCAGAUGUUCACCAACGGUCAGACAGUCAACAUGCAGGCGGUAAUGAAGGACUGUGCAAUCAUCCGGAAACUGCUGGCUCUCAUUGCGGGGGAGAAGAUUGAUAAGGAGGAAGAGGCUCCAGAGCAGAUGGACCAAGCGUUUCUGACGGGGAUCCCCGGGCUGACGGUCACAGAUAAACUCUACAACAUCUGGGUGCGGCUGCAGACACACGUCAACAUCGUCUUUGACAGCGACAUGGACAAAAUGAUGUCGGAGAAAUACCCCGGAAUCAGACAGAUCCUGGAGAAGAAGGACGGACUCUUCCGGAAACACAUGAUGGGCAAACGAGUGGACUUUGCUGCACGAUCAGUCAUCUGUCCUGACAUGUACAUCGGGACCAACGAGAUCGGCAUCCCUAUGGUGUUUGCCACCAAGCUGACGUACCCCCAGCCCGUCACCCCCUUUAACGUGAAGGAGCUCCGCCAGGCCGUUCUCAACGGGCCCAACGUCCACCCCGGGGCGUCCAUGGUGAUAAACGAGGACGGCCGGAGAACCAUCCUGUCCCCUACCAGCCUCGUGCAGAGAGAAGCCGUCGCCAAGCAACUGCUGACGCCCUGCGACGGGCCGCAUAAGAUCCCCAUCAAGAUCGUGAAUCGUCACAUUAAGAACGGAGAUGUGAUGUUACUGAACCGACAGCCCACUCUGCACAGACCCUCCAUACAAGCCCACUGUGCUCGCAUCUUACCGGGAGAGAAGGUUCUGAGGCUUCACUACGCCAACUGCAAAGCAUACAACGCCGACUUUGACGGCGACGAAAUGAACGCUCACUUCCCUCAGAGCGAGCUGGCCCGAGCCGAGGCCUACACGCUGGUCAGCACCGAUCAGCAGUACCUCGUCCCCAAGGAUGGUACACCUUUAGCAGGUCUGAUCCAGGACCACAUGGUGUCGGGUACGAGGAUGACGAUACGUGGCUGUUUCUUCACCAGAGUGCAGUACAUAGAGCUGGUAUACAGAGGACUGACUGACAAACCAGGCAGAGUCAAACUACUGCCACCCGCCAUUAUAAAACCACAGCAGCUAUGGACAGGGAAGCAGGUGGUUUCCACACUCCUGCUGAAUGUUAUCCCACAGAACGCCGUGCCUCUCAAUCUGGUUGGAAAAUCCAAAAUCCCCAGCAAAGCGUGGAUCCAAGUCCCACCCCGAGCUGCCCCAGGAUACAAACCUGACAGCAUGUGUGACUCACAGGUGGUGUUCCGUCAGGGCGAGCUGUUGGUGGGUGUUCUGGACAAAGCUCACUACGGCUCCUCAUCCUACGGUCUGGUCCACUGCUGCUACGAGCUUUACGGAGGGGCGACCAGCGGCAAGCUGCUCAGCUGCCUUGCUCGACUCUUCACUGCGUACCUGCAGCUGUACAGAGGUUUUACUCUGGGUGUGGAAGACAUCCUUGUGAAACCGGGCGCCAACAGGCAGAGGAAAAAAAUCAUUCAAGAAUCACUGAAGAUUGGCACCAAAGCCCUGCAGGCAGCCUUCAACCUGCCCCCCAACGUGGACCACGCUGAGGCUCAGAGCCGCUGGCAGGACGCUCACCUCAACCCCGACCAGAAAGACUUCAGCACGGCCGACCACAAGUUCAAAGAAGUGGCUAACCAAGUGAACAAUGAAAUUAACAAGGUGUGCAUGCCAGUGGGACUCCACACGUCUUUCCCAGACAACAACCUCCAACUGAUGGUCCAAUCAGGAGCCAAGGGCUCUACUGUAAACACCAUGCAGAUUUCAUGUUUACUAGGCCAGAUUGAGUUGGAGGGUCGUAGACCUCCAUUGAUGCCUUCUGGGAAAUCUUUGCCGUGCUUCCAGCCCUAUGACCCUGCCCCCGGCGCAGGGGGCUUUAUUUCCGGAAGGUUCCUCACUGGAAUCAAACCACAGGAGUUUUUCUUCCACUGUAUGGCCGGCAGAGAGGGACUGGUGGACACAGCUGUGAAAACAUCUCGAUCAGGAUACCUGCAGAGAUGUGUCAUAAAGCAUCUGGAGGGUUUGGUGGUGCAGUAUGAUCUGACGGUGAGGGACAGCGAUGGCUCGGUGGUGCAGUUCCUGUACGGUGAAGACGGACUGGACAUCCCUAAAACUCCGUUCUUGCAGGAGAGACAGUUCCCCUUCAUAGAGGACAACUACGAGGUGAUCAGGAGGCUGCAGGGGCUGGACAAGGUGUUGCCCCGCCUGGACCCUCACUCUGCCGCUCGACACUUCGCCUCCAUCCAGCGCUGGAAGGCCAAGAGAGAGGUGGCUUGUCCACGCAAAGGAGCAUUCCUGCUGUAUUCUCAAAAGAAGUUGGCCCAUCUGGAGCAGACGGAACAAGGAGGAGAACCAGAUGUCUGCGGCCGAAAGGCUUCUAUACUACAGCUCAUACAGCAGUGGCAGGCUCUGGAUGAUUCCAGCAGAUCCAAGUACAGCAGGAAGUCCUCCCGCUGCCCCGAGCCCUCUCUGGGCCAGUUACGGCCCGACGUCUGCUUCGGAUCGGUCUCUGAAAACUUCCACAGCAUCACAGAGAAAUACCUGCAGAGCGAAGGAAGGCGAAAACAGGACAGCAUCGACACAAACAGCCUCCGUCAGCUGCUGCACUACAAGUGGCAGCGCUCGCUGUGUGACCCGGGUGAAGCAGUGGGUCUGCUUGCAGCUCAGUCUAUAGGGGAGCCCUCCACCCAGAUGACCCUCAACACCUUCCACUUUGCCGGCAGAGGAGAGAUGAACGUGACUCUGGGAAUCCCUCGACUGAGGGAGAUCCUGAUGGUGGCUAGCUCCAACAUUAAGACUCCCAUGAUGAGAGUUCCUGUGCUAAACACCAAGAGAGCCUUGAAGAGAGCCAAGACGCUGCGCAAGAAACUCACCAGAGUCUGCCUGGCUGAGGUGCUGCAGAAGGUGGAUGUGGUGGAGACGCUGCGGAUUGAAGAUCACCUCAAACUGCGGACUUUCAAAGUCACCUUCAACUUUCUGCCUCCUGACCGCUACUGUGAAGAUAAGCUGCUCACACCACACCAGAUCCUGUACUUCAUGGAAAAUAGGUUUUUCCGUCUCCUGCUGGAAGCCAUUAAGAAGCGCAGCGCCAAGCUUGCCUCCAUCGCCGUGGAAACAAGGAAGGCCACUCUCCGAGAUAAGGACAACGAUGCAGAGGGCACCGCUGACAACGCAGGGCUAGACGACGUGGAGAUAGAAGAGGAGCGAGAGAUUGUUGACGACCAGGCCAACGAAGGAGACGCCGACGCAUCGGACGCCAAAAGGAAAGACAAACAGCAAGAGGAGGUGGACUAUGAGAGUGAGGAAGAGGACAAAGGCGAAGAGGAUAUAGAGGACCAGGACCAGGAUGAGGAGCAGGAAGAGGGGGAGGAGGAGGCAGAAGGUGAGUCGGAGGAGUCCCAGCCCGAAUCUGGUAGAGUGACAUCAGAGAGGAGGAAGAAAAAAAUAUCAAAACGACUUGAAGAGGAAGAAGAGGACCCCUUGGAUCUGAUGAGGAUUAACUACCUGUUCUGCAGUCCAACCGCCAUCGAGAGAUACAGCUACGAUGCUGAGAGCGAGCUGUGGUGUGAGGUGGACCUGGUGCUGCCGGUGAGCAAGGUGCACUUUGACCUCACUUCAGUCCUGUCAACACUGGCUCAGAACGCCGUCAUCAUGGAAACCAAAGGCCUGACGCGCUGCCUGCUUAGUGAAGUCACCACGAAGACGGGAGAGAAAGAGACGCUCUUCAACACGGAAGGCAUCAACAUGCACGAGCUGUUCAAGCACAGCGAUAUCUUGGACAUCAACAGACUCUACUCCAAUCAGGUCCACGCCAUGGCUCAGACCUACGGGAUCGAAGUGGCUCUGAAGGUCAUAGAGAAGGAGAUCAAAGACGUCUUUGCUGUCUAUGGUAUCGAGGUGGACCCCCGACAUCUGUCACUGGUGGCAGAUUACAUGUGUUUUGAAGGAAUAUACAAGCCGUUAAACCGGCACGCCAUCCGCUCCAACUCCUCCCCUCUGCAGCAGAUGACUUUCGAGACCAGCUUCAAAUUCCUCAAACAGGCUACCAUGCUGGGGUCACAUGAUGAGCUGGUGUCACCCUCUGCCUGUCUGGUGGCGGGGAAGGUAGUCAAAGGUGGAACCGGACUGUUUGAUCUCAAACAACCUAUGCAGUGAGAGUGGGAGGGGGGGAUUGGAUUGAUGUACAAAUAAAGGACCCUUCACUUUGACUGAUCCCAUCACUUCUAUUAAACACUUUUGACAAAUGCAUAAUAAUGACAAUUUGUAUCUCCAUUACUUAUUCAUGUUGUGUACAGUAUGUGGCAAUAUUAGGUGCCAAAUGUUCUUUAAUUGUGUAUUAUGUAUUGCAAUACGUUUUUUUUUUAUUCAGAGAGAACAUAGGUUUUUCUGAUCGAAUAUAAUCUGUGUAUCGACCGUCCAAUUGUUUUUCUUUAUUAAACACGUAAACGGAA